AUGCUAAGCGCGUUCCUGGUCUUCAAUGCAGACACAGGCGCCUUGGUCUACCAUCGCAGAUAUGAUGCUGACUUUGGCAUUCCCAAUGCAAGGCAACAAGCAUCAUUGGCAGACCCCGUGGGUUUGGCUUUGCAGCUGUAUGCCUUCAGCCGAUUCUCCAGCAGCUUUCCAAAAUCACCACAGCUACAAGUUCUUCACUUUGGGGAGAUCCGUAGUUUGGGUAACAUCUUCCUGGCAACAGAAGAGCUAUCUGAAGAAGAAGGGCUCUCGGCACGCCGGCUGACUUUGGCCGCAUUCGGAGAUCUUGCACCAGACUUUGGUGCACAAAUCGCACGAAAUCUUCUCCGCGAUUUUAUUGAGGAAAACACUCGGGCAGUUCAUGUGCUGCAUCCCAGCAGUGAUGCGAAGUCGGAGACAGCGCCAAGAAGCUGGCAUUUCAAUUCGCUUGAUAUUACGCUUGAAGCCAUGGUCGAUUGUUUGGUCUGCAACAUUGCAGAGGCCCUACCACAAUUUCCAAGGUGGGUGUGCCUUUUGCGCUUUGACGAGGACAUGGGACAUCGUGCAUGGGAGCAGAUUGCUGUUGCACAAGCAACUCCAGUCGCCCCCAAGGAACGCAAAAGUGAUCGACGACCACAAUCUUUUGCAAGGCGGUUACUACACAAAGGAGUGUCGGCGAUCACUGCAUGUUCACCGCGGAAAUCUACAGACCAGAGGCCUUCCUCUUCGGGAGGUCGUGCAGCACAAGGGCAGGUGACAUGGUGGCGCCGUCAAUCUCAUUCAGGACAUUUUGAAGAGCUUCAUGAACAAGAGAACUUCAUGCUGACAUGUUUCUGGUAUGAAGGCUCCGAAGAGCAGGUCUUACCAUCCAAGACCUCUACCCCAGUCCUGGAGCUUGCUACUGCAUUGCUGGAAUCCAGCUCGAUCAAUGCCGGUUGGACACUUGUGCAACUGCAGCCUCAUUUUUGGUUUUACGAACACAUGGGCUGCAUGCAAUGCGUGGCCUUCCACUUUGCACCCUAUCGGACCUACUUCCUGGUACCCAUCACUUGCCUUUUUGUAGAGGGCCUGCCAGAGAAGUGGGACCCUUCUGUGUUGCAGACAGUGUGCACUGGUGCGCGACAAAAGAUCUCUUCCGAAUUGGAGGAGCUCGUGAAAUGGCUAAAGAGCAAGGCUGGCGCAUGUGGCUACUUUCCAAAGAAGAAAAAGCCCCUGAAGAAUCCUCAAAGCUGA